AUGGCUAUGGAGGGAAGCGGCUCGGCAGGAAAUCCCAGCGCUGCCUCGUCUCGCUCACUUCCUGUCUGCUCUGGGGAGGAGACGCUUCAGAGAGCUGAUUGGAUCUUAACUUCAGAGGAAGAACAGCAGAGCAGCAGAGCAGUCCUCCCGUCCUCCGGUCCUAAACCAGACCCAGACCCAGACCCAGACCCAGACCCAGACCCGAACCCAGACCCGAACCCUGACCCGAACCCAACAGAGAAUCAGAACCCACAGAGCCCCCUGUGUCUCCCCGUGUCCCCGGCCGUCACCAUGGAGACGUGUCCUCAGGUGAGGCUGUGUGGUUUCCUGCAGAAGCAGGGCGGACCUCUGCGUGUCUGGAAGCAGCGCUGGUUCACCUACGAGGAGAAGAAGAAUCAGCUGUUCUACUACCGCACGCCGCAGGACGUGAUGCCGCUCGGCCGGGUCGAGCUCAGCGGCGCCACCUACACCUACCCGCUGAAAGCUGAGAGGGGCACCUUCCACAUCCAGACGCCUGAACGCACCUUCAUACUAAAGGCUGUGACUCAGGAGCUGAUGAUGUAUUGGCUGCAACAGCUGCAGCUCAAACGCUGGCAGCACAGACUGAUGAGUAGCUGUCCUGACCCAACAAACAACAACACUACAGAUGACUUCCUGCCGCUGUUGCAGAGUCCGCUGGGUCUGGUGGGGGAGGAGGCGGCGAACACACCGUUACCAUGGAAACCGCUCAGCAACAUGUCAAUCAAACACCCGCUCAUCGAGAUCCAAAACUCCGUCCACAGUCUUCGUAAGCGAUCGUCUCAGGAAUGGAGUCAGAGUGUGUUUCAUGUGGAGGCUCCACUGUGGCUGCCCCCCAGCACUCCUACUGCCUCUCUGCCCCCCAGCACUCCCACUGCUCCUCUGCCCCCCAGCACUCCUACUGCCCCUCUGCCCCCUCCCCUCCCAUCAGCUGGUCCGGCCGGUUGCCCCCCCCCGACCGGCCCGCGGAGCAGGAAGAUGAAGAGUCGCAGCUCGUCCACCUUGCCGGUCCUCCGCAGAGACGCUGUGUCAUCGUCCCGCCUCCAGCAGGAGAAACACAUGCUGAUGGAGGAAGUCAAGUCCCAGAAGGAGCUGGUGUGGCUCCUGCAUAAAGCCUUGGAGGCGGCUCAGCUGGAGAAGAGAACCUGCGCUGAGUUUUUGGCGGUGGAAGGCGAGCAGGAGCGUCUGGAGCUGCUGCGGCACCGAGAGCGGCAGGCGGCCGACCUGCGAGGCCGACUGGAGGAGGCCAAGGAAGAGGCGGAGAGGACGAGCAGGAGUCUGACUCAGAGAGACUCACAGCUGGCCGAGCUGCAGCACGACAUCAGGACGCUGAUGGAGAAGAACAACGCCAAGCAGGAGGUGAUCAUCAAGCUGUCUGAUCAGGUGACCGCCUGCAUGUCUGACCCGCGCCUCUCCACCUGGACCGGCGGCGGCGGUCUGGACUCUCAGACCUUCAAACAGCUUCAGCAGCAGAUCGAGAACCUCAAGGACGACAUCGAGGCGUAUAAGACUCAGAACAAGUUUCUGAACUCUGAGAUUUACCAGCUGACCAAACUGUGGAGGAACAGCUCCGAGCAGGAGAAGAGUCUGAUGGUGAAGUGUGCCUACCUGGAGGCCGGUAACUGUCGGGUGGAGAGCCGCUACCUCGGCGUUCUGAGGAAGCUGCAGGAGAACAAAUCUCUGGAUCCGGUCCAGCAGGGGGCCGUGCAGAAGAUGAUCGAGGACGCUCUGAAAGGAGAGCUGAAGAGCGUCAUCAAGCUCAACACAAACAGGGACCACGAUGAGUACGGAUUCAAAAUCAUCCCGGACUACGAGGUGGAGGACAUGAAGCUGCUCGCUAAGAUCCAGGCUCUGGAGAUCCGCUCACACAACCUGCUGCACCAGGAGGGAGUAGAGCGGCCCCUGCUGAGUCGCUGGGCUCAGUACCUCGCUGGCAGGUCUGAUGAUGACCUUUGCCCUUCCCCGGAGCUCAAAGGUCUGCUGCGUGGCGGAGUCCCUCGGGAGUACCGGCAGCAGGUGUGGCGCUGGGUGGUCCGAGCCAGGACCAGGACGAUGAGAGAACGCCACCCACAGCGAUACCAACAGCUGUGUGAGAAGAGUCGGACGUCUCCUCAUCCGGCCUCCAGGCAGAUCCAACUGGACCUCCACCGCACCCUGACGACCAAUCAGCACUUCUCCUCACCAUCCAGCCCCGCCCUCCAGCAGCUUCAACGCAUCCUAUUGGCCUUCUCCUGGCAGAGCCCUGCCAUUGGCUACUGCCAGGGACUCAACAGGCUGGCGGCCAUCGCUCUGCUGGUCCUCCAGAGUGAAGAAGAUGCGUUCUGGUGUCUGGUGUGUGUGGUGGAGACCAUCAUGCCUCAGGAUUACUACACCAAGGACCUGGUGGCUUCUCAGGCGGAUCAACGGGUGCUGAAGGACUUCCUUUCAGAGAAGCUUCCUCGGCUUGCGUCUCACUUUGAUGAUCACAACAUCGACGUCUCUCUGAUCACCUUCAACUGGUUCCUGGUGGUUUAUGUAGAGAGUCUGCCCAGUGACAUCCUGCUGCCUCUGUGGGACGCCUUCCUGUACGAAGGCACCAAGGUGAUGUUCAGGUACGCUCUGGCUCUGCUUAAAUACAAAGAGGACGACAUCCUGAAGAUCCAGGACAGCGUAGAGAUCUAUCAGUACCUUCGUUUCUUCACUAAGACCAUCUCUGACGGCAGGAAGUUGAGCAGCAUCGCCUUCACCGUCAUGAACCCGUUCCCCGGCCGCCUGCUGAGGAACCGGCGCGCGCUGCACCUGGAGCGCCUGCAGGGGGAGCUGCAGGAGCUGGAGGAGCAGCAGAGGGCCUUCGUCACUGAGAGCUCCGAGCGGAAAGACAAAGACCUGGACGCGGGCGUCAGCGAGGACGACGACGAGCUGUGACGGAUGGAACAGGAAGUAGAACGGGACAGUCUGACAGGAAGUAGAACAGGAACAGGAAGUAGAACGGGACAGUCUGACAGGAAGUAGAACAGGAACAGGAAGUAGAACGGGAACAGGAAGGAGAACGGGACAGUCUGACAGGAAGUUUUAUUUCAUUAAUGUCUCAAAACUCUUCUUCUGUUCUCACGCUGAGGUUAAAAUGAGAACCGUCAUGGUGAGCUACCGACACUUCUCACCCUCAACAGUCGCCAUCUUGGCUCCGCAGCAGAAAGGGAGGGACCGCUGAGGACGUUGUUACCAUGGUGACGGUCACGUGUUAAACACAGCAGAGAUGUUUAUGAGUCCAUGUGUUCACGGAGGUUAACAGAAUAUUUACUGCAGAGCUGAAACAAGCUGUAAGAUGAUCAGCCUUCAUUUCUUUACACAAACACAUUAAAUAAAAUAAAUCUUACAGACCAAUAAAAAUAUAAUGUAAACAACGCUGAGCAUUUCCUUUACAUCACGUUAGCAAUGAGAGACGUAACGUUAGUUUUCUCUCUGAGACUUUAGUUCCAGAUGUUGACGUACUAGUUUGGUUAUUAGCGUCAGCAGGAUAACUUUCUACCAUCAUGUUCCCUCCAGUCAGCUAGCUAGCAGGAUAACUUACUACCAUCAUGUUCCCUCCAGUCAGCUAGCUAGCAGGAUAACUUACUACCAUCAUGUUCCCUCCAGUCAGCUAGCUAGCAGGAUAACUUUCUACCAUCA